CAAGCUUUGAUGUAUUUAGAGCUUGUUCUUAGAUUAGGGGAUUUGGAGUGGACUGGUUCUUGUACUUAUUUUCUUUUCUUUUGAACGUUUUUUUUGCUUAGUUAUCCACUACUAUCCUACAUUGAUUCAUUUUGAUUAAGUUGUAAUUGCUUGAAUAUAAGUCAAUAAAAGGACUACCUCCCAUUGCAAGCCUAGAGCCCCAACAGCUGUGUCUCAGAGGUAUUCUUUGGAGUGUGUGAUAGAUGCUCCAGGUGACUUUAUUCUCAAGGAUUUAUUUUAAGUAUUACAAUGAAGAUAGCUGUAAAGGUUUUCACCAUCGUCAUCAUCAUUUCAGUUGUUUGCUAUGCAGAGAAGAAAUCCUGGACAUCAGAUCCUGUCUUUAAACUGGAUUUGGCACCAGAUAGUGUUGAUGACCAAUUUACAGGCUGUGAAAACAAAAUGUGCAGGCUGAUUACACAAAAGAUUUUACCAAAUGAGUUGAACUCUAAUAAAAAGUUUAAAAAUGUUUGGAGUAAAUUUAAAAACAUUAAAAAUUAUUUUAAAAGAGCAAUAAAAGUCUACACAUCUAAUGACAUUUAUUUAGAAUUCAAUGUUGCUGUGAGGUCGGGCAGAAAAAGUUACAUCAGUAACUUCAACUAUAAGGCCUUUCAUUUCUUUCUCACACGUGCCUUACAAGUUUAUCGAGUAAAUAAGUGUACUAAUGUUUUCCGCAGAACUAAGGUUUUGUUUGAUAAAAAUGUUCUUAAUAAGGAAGUAAGACUUGGCGGAUUUGCAUCAACAUCACUUAAAAGUAAUAAAAUACAAUUUGGCAAUCGAUCCUGUUUUAAGAUUAAGACUUGCUAUGGUGCAAACAUAGCCAGUAUGUCUGUGUUCCCUAAGGAGGAGGAAGUGCUAAUCCCACCGUUUGAAAAAUUCAAGAUCACCAGUAUCAAUACUGGUAAAAACGAAAUGAACUGCACUGUCCUUUACACUCUACAGAGCACUGGGAAGUUAAGUUAUAUGAACUGUAAGUUACUUAAAAAAACAAAACAAAAUGUAAAUUAUGGGAAGUAAGUCUAUCGAUGUUUUUGCAGCACCACAAGACCAGUACAAGAUGUAAUGAUUUCUAAGCAUGUAUUUUUCUCAGUGUGAUUCCUUUUUUUAUUGUACCAAAAAAUGUAUAUCAAAUGUCUAGAGUUAUAGCUAUUUCAUGCUUAUACACAAGGUGAUGUGGUGUUUUUAUUAUUAUUAUUUACUGAAUUAAAAUCCCAGUCAUUAUGUAUUUUAAAUGAAAUAAAAUGUAAAGAGAAAACGAGGAACAAGAACAGAAAGUCAGAGAAAUAAGGUCAAUUAAGUCUAUUCGGUUUUGCCAGAUUACACUUUAACUCUGACAAUUUCAGAUUUUUUCUUGCGUUUUUUUAUUUUUCUGCAAACCUAUAUUGUGCUUUUAAGCUAAUUUUAAAGUCAUUCUCAUUAGGAUGUCAUGAUCCUCAUUUGCUUAUCUUCUAAUCUUGCAGAUCUGAAUUAUUUUAGCUCAAAAUUUUUAACUUUUAUUUAAUGCUAUAAUUUUUCUGGAUUAGUAUUUUAUAAGCGGUUUAAUGCCAUAUUGCUUUGCAGGUUUCGCAUGAUAAAUAUCAUGCGCAUGAUAGAAAUAGAUGUUUAUUAAUAGAUGGAUGCAGAGAUAAAUUCAUGAAAUGCUUUUUUAAAAACACAUCUGUUUUACUUCUUUUUUUAAUAA